UUGCCGAAUCGGGGGGAUACAGAUACGGAUAUAGUGGUCGGAGAUCGCACCGCCUCCUGGCUGUUAUUCCCGCGUUAAUUAUACGAUGGGUCUGCUAUCGCUGUUGCGUAAACUGAGACCCAAUCCGGAAAAGGAGGCUCGCAUCCUGCUCCUGGGAUUGGAUAAUGCGGGCAAGACCACGAUACUGAAGCAGCUAGCAUCGGAGGACAUAACCACGGUGCGUAUAAAGGCGGCGAACUUCUUCCGUUUUCCCCAUAAAAUACGGAGUGAAAUCCCGCAGGUAACGCCCACGGCAGGAUUUAACAUCAAGUCCGUGGCAGCCGAUGGAUUCAAACUGAAUGUAUGGGAUAUCGGUGGUCAAUGGAAGAUACGUCCAUAUUGGAAGAACUACUUUGCAAAUACUGACGUGCUGAUCUAUGUAAUUGACUGUACGGAUCGGACUCGCCUGCCCGAGGCGGGUAGUGAACUAUUCGAAAUGCUCAUGGACAAUCGGUUGAAGCAAGUUCCUGUGCUGAUUUUCGCUAACAAACAGGAUAUGCCGGAUGCCAUGAGCGCCGCCGAGGUGGCCGAGAAGAUGAGUUUGGUGCAACUGCAGGGACGAACCUGGGAGAUCAAGGCCUGUACCGCUGUGGAUGGCACUGGACUCAAGGAGGGAAUGGACUGGGUCUGCAAGAACAUGAAGAAGUAAUCUAAAUUAUUGUAAUCGUCGCCUGUUAAGUUGUCCCUAAGAACUAAAUAUACGUACCUACAUCUCAACUCAUCAAAA